CUCUGGAUGCCAGUGACAGCUUCUCAGUUCUUCUGAGAAGAAAAAUCAUUUCCACCCUAGAGAAGAAAUAGUGUUUCAAAAGGGGGAGAAAAAUCCCUUUUGUUAAUUCAGUUUCUCUGGAAGAUUCAUCUCUGGUCUUUUCCCUGCAGAGGCUGCAGCUAAGCCACCAGUCCUGAGAUUUAAAAAAAUCCAGAAGCAGUAAAUUUAUCAAGCAAUUGUCAUGGACAGCAAAAAGAGAAUGGGGGAGGAACACCAACUCCAAGAAGCUGGAGAUGAAUCGUUGACUACACAACCGGAGUCUUGGCAGAUCCAUUAUGAGAAGUCAUGGCUCCACCAACAUUGCUCUUCGUUGUUACACCGUGACAAGCAGGCCCAGAAGACUGGGCAGCUCUUCUCCGGACUUCUAGCCAUGAAUGUAGUAUUUCUUGGCAGUGCAUUCAUAUGUAGUAUGCUUUUCAACAAAGUAGCCAUUACCAUGAGAGAUGUCUGUAUUUUCCUGUGCAUCCUCAAGAUCUUAUCCUUGAGCUGGAUAGCAUAUUACUUGCUGUUCACUAGAAGGAAACCAUUUGCCAUCUUGUAUCAGGAUGCCCAUGCAGGAGCUAUUUGGAUUAGAGGGUCUUUAAUGUUGUUUGGAGCAUGCAGCAUUGUCUUGCACAGUUUCCAGAUUGGGUAUGACAUCUAUAUUCAGAGUGAAUCGCAAAUGGAAAUUUUGUUCCCAUCCAUAGAAAUACUCUUCAUCUGCAUUCAGACCUACUUUAUAUGGUGUCAUGCAAAAGACUGUAUCCAGGUUCAGCACAAUCUCACCAGAUGUGGGCUAAUGCUGACCUUGGGCACUAAUCUCCUGUUAUGGUUUGUAGCAGUGGCCAAUGAUAUAGUUCACAGACAAAUUGAAUCAGAAUUGAACCAGUCUCCGCAAAGAUAUGAAGGUAAUUUGACGUACUCAUGCAAGGACUCAAGCGUGACUAUCUGCAAGAUCUUCCAAAAAGGAUAUAUUCUGUUAUAUCCCUUCAAUACAGAAUAUUGUUUGAUCUGUUGCUCCAUGCUGUAUGUCAUGUGGAAGAAUGUGGGCCGGCGCAUAAUUCAGAGCCAUAUCUCUGGAACCCAGCCUAGAUUCAAACUCCAUGGCAUCAUUUGGGGGCCUUUGCUUGGUAUCGCUGCAAUAAUUAUUGGGAUUUGCAUUUUCAUGAUCUAUCAAAUCCAAGUCACCAGUUCUUUCCCUAGUCCUAUGUCAUUCAUACUGUACUAUUCCUACUACAUUUGUUUAUUGCCUGUAAUGACUGUGGCAGCUUUGGCUGGAACUGUUAUCCAUGCCUUAGAAGAGAGAGAGCUGGAUACCCUGAAAAAUCCAACCAGAAACCUUGAUGUCAUCCUGCUCAUGGGAACAGCCUUAGGCCAAAUUGCCAUUUCGUAUUUUUCCAUUGUAGCCAUUGUGGCCACUCAUCCAAUAAGCAUGUUGAACAGCAUCAUUCUAGCCUAUUCAAUAAGCCUCAUCAUUCAACACAUUUCCCAGAAUAUCUUCAUCAUUGAGGGGCUCCACAGGAAACCACUACUGAUGAGUGAGAACUCUGAACCUGCUGCACAUUCCACCCAAGGGCCUCCCACCACCCAAGUUCUACCUAAUGAAGAUAAGGUUCUAUCUUAUCUCUAUGAAGAACCUGCCCCACCCCCUGCCAAUGAGGAGACAGACAAAAGUGAAAGAGAGAAAUGUGAAGACAGCUCCCCAAACAUGAAUAACCUAGAGACAAGACAGAAAAAUCAGUCUGUUUCAUGGACUUACAUCAAGGCCUACAGGCAUCUGAACUGGAAAAGAAGAGCUCUGAAGGAGAUCUCCAGCUUCCUGAUCAUGUGCAAUAUCAUUCUGUGGAUUAUGCCAUCAUUUGGAGCACAUCCAGUAUUUGAGAAUGGAAUAGAGAAGUCAUUUUAUGGCUACUCCACCUGGUUUGCCAUUGUCAACUUUGGGCUUCCAUUGGGUGUGUUCUACAGAAUGCAUUCUGUUGGUGAUCUUCUGGAGGUGUAUCGCUCUGCCUGAAACUAAUCUAAAUUUUCUCACAUUGUUGUUUUUAUUCUGCUACAAAUGCAAUUAUGAAGACCUGUA